GCUUUCGGUUCCAGUGUGUCUCCACCAGGGGGCACAGCCCGGGGCUCACUCGAACGACACCAACCACUCUAUUCUCUUCGUACCAUGAGCUGAAUCUGUCCGGGACAGACCAGGGAAGAUGGCGGCCACAGACCAUUCCCGGUCCGAAGCUGCCAAACAGCGACGGCAGGAUCAGCUGCAGCGAUGGCUGGGAUCAGAGACGGAUCAGACGGGGUUGGAGGCCCGGCAUACUUUGAGCGGUUCCGGGACGCGGCGGGCGAAAGUCCGGUUCGCCCAAGGAGCAGUGUUUAUGGCCGCCUGCUCCGCCGGAGACCGGGAAGAAGUGGCAGCGCUACUCCGGCAGGGAGCUGACAUCAACCACGCUAACAUAGAUGGUCUGACAGCGCUUCAUCAGGCCUGCAUUGAUGAAAAUGCUGAGAUGGUGCAGUUUCUGGUGGAGAGCGGGAGUGACGUCAACAGAGGGGACAACGAGGGCUGGACUCCUCUGCACGCUGCAGCCUCCUGUGGCUUCAUCCAGAUCGCUAAAUACCUGAUAGAGCAUGGUGCUCGCGUCGGGGGGGUGAACAGUGAAGGAGAGCUUCCUCUGGACGUGGCCACGGAAGAUGCCAUGGUGAGACUUCUCAAAGGGGAAAUCAAAAAACAAGCAAUAGACGUGGACAACGCCAGGAAGGAGGAGGAGAGGGUCAUGCUACAGGAUGCCAUGGCGGUGCUGGCGGGAGGUGGCACCCUCACACCUCACCCAAACACCAAGGCAACCGCUCUGCACGUUGCCGCUGCCAAAGGCUACAUCGAAGUCCUCAAGGUGCUAUUACAGUGUGGGGUGGACGUGGACAGCAGGGACGUCGACGGGUGGACGCCCUUGCAUGCAGGAGCUCACUGGGGACAGGAGGAGGUGUGCUCCCUGCUGGCUGACAACAUGUGUGAUAUGGGUGCCGUCAACAAUGUGGGCCAAACACCUCUAGAUGUAGCAGAUGAGAACCUGACGGACACUCUGGAGGAGCUGCAGAAGAAGCAGAACGCUUUACGCAGCGAGAAAGAGAAACAGACUCCUGUUAUUGAGACCAGCCCGCAAAUCUCCAUGGUACCAGUACGCACACGCAGGACUUCUAUCUCUCGUAUGAGCAGUAAGGAGAAGAUCUGCCUCCACGAGCGAGAGAAGCACCCACCUCCUGCCCUGCAGAGCAGCCCGGCCGAGGACGAUGAGGAGGAAGGCCAGACGGGGCCGAGCCAGGGGAAGGCCUCCAGCAGCUCCAGCUCGGAGGAGGAGAGCGAAUCGGAGAGCGACGCAGAGUCGGAGAAAGCAAAAAACCGAGAGAUAAUAAACAACUUGAACAAUAAACGCAACGCCACCAGCCUGCUUCCUACCUCCAUGUCAACGAAUACUGCCGCAAGCCAAGUGAAAAAGCAGGACCCAGGCAAGCCCCCAGCCCCCGAGGCCCCGGUCUCUUGGAGAACGUCUCUGAGAAAGGCAGGCAGCUCGGUGACUCUGGGCUCUGCUGGACUCUCUGACCCCAGCCAAGACCCCAGUAGAGCUCCAGAGACUGUCGUGGGCAUGACCCGCUCUGCCUCCAGCCCCCGCCUCAGCUCUGAGGCCGACACCAAGGAGCCGAGGCUCGCUCGGGUACCGCCCAUCCCUACACGGAGACUCUUAAGUAUUCCAGACAGCAGCCUGGACAACUCCAACAGUUGGCUAAGUCGUAGCUCCUCUUACACCCGGCGCCUUUAUAGUCAAUCAGGGAAUGAUCUCACUAGUUCCACCCCCUCUUUGCUACACAGCUCAUCUUAUGGAAAGAGACUGGAUGACCCCACCCUGACCUCAGCUAGCACAGGAUCAAGCUCUGCUGGACUCAGCCGCCUUAAUAGUAUCUUUGCGCAGAGACUUCCUCAGGAACAGGCAGAAAAGAAGGACCAGUCUGCCAUCACCACCUCCCACUCUCGGAGCAUGACCACAGGCGAACAGGAGGCCAAGCAGAGGCGCAAAUCGUAUCUGACGCCAGUGCGGGACGAGGAGGCAGAGGCACAGAGGAAGGCUCGCUCCAGACACGCACGGCAGUCCCGGCGCUCCACUCAGGGAGUGACGCUUACAGAUCUGCAAGAGGCAGAGAAGACAAUUAAGACGGACAACAAAGGGAGAGAGAAUAAGGAGGAGGAAGAGAAGGAGAAAGAGAAGGAGGCAAAAGCAAAGAAGGGCGACGAGGGGGAAGUGAGCUGGAGGUCUCGCAUUGCCAGUCUGCAGAAGUCUGACCUGCUGGGCCUCACACAGCCCGCCGGCACUCCACGCCCUCAGACUUCUGACAGGAGAGAUGUUGAGGCCAGCACAGGGGAGAGCGAGACAGAGCGAUGGGCCAGGGAGCGCAGGGAGAGGAGACAAGCUCGGGCCAGAAGGAAGGCACAGAGGACUGGGGAGAGUGAUGACAAUGAUCCCAGUGGAGAGGAAGAGUUUACAGGCAGGGGGCUGGAUACACAGACAGACCAACGCUUGAGUUCCAGGUAUGAAUUCAAACUCUUUCUUUAUUCUGUCAGCAGAGUCUCAAUGAUAGCGGUGUCUCUGAUCUCUGCUCUGCUCACCUACUCAGGCCCUUCAACGACUGCACCCAGGGAGACGGCUCUGACACCAAUGAUUUUAAGAAGUUGUUCGAGGAGGUCUCCAGAGAAAACAGCCAGCUCCAGUCUCAGCUGCAGGACACCCAGAGAAUUAUCAGUCAGACCAGGUUGGACCUGGAAAAGGCCACACAGAGGCAGGAGCGCUACACUGACUGUUCAGACUUGCUGGAGCUGGAGAGAAAGGACCGGAGGAUGUUGGAGCGUCGAAUGGCAGAGCUGGAGGAGGAGCUAAAGUAAUACAGAUUGAAUAGGUUCUGGUCGACCUGAGAGCAGACAACCAGCGUCUUAAAGAUGAAAAUGGAGCAUUGAUCCGAGUCAUCAGCAAGCUCUCCAAAUAGAUGGGGAGAAAGAGACACGACUAGCAGGGAUUCCCCCUCACCCUCUUCCUUAAUCCCUCCAUCCAUCCAUCCAUCCAUCCAUCCAUCCAUCCCUCCCUCCCACCCUGCUUCUACACAUUCCUCCCAGUGCCAAAGGGUGUGAGAGAGAGAGAGAGAGAGAGAGAGGGGAGAGAAGCAGCAGAAUGUCCUAUGUACAUGAACACCACAGCUUGACUUGGAUUGUGAUGCCUUUCUGUGAACAGCUGGAGUGGCUUUUGUGUGCCUUGCUGCCCGUUUGUCACAGGAAGACCGAUGGAAUGAAGGCCUGUGGCUACAUUCAGAGGCUCCCGCGGUAGCAACGGGAGACUCGACAACAGCCAGAAAGCCUACGGCUGGUGCAACACACAACACAUCUACGACAACUGUGCAUCAGGGGAACACUAACAUGCACACACAUUCCUAUGCGUGCAUCACAUAUUUCCUCCAUGCACAUUCCACGAGUGCACAAGGCAGCUUGGGCCUUAAAGUUCCUACUUUAGUAUUUUUUAUUUUUUUUUGUGAACACACUCACGUCACACAUUUACAAAUUUACUCCACUCACAGUUUAAAUCUAAUGUGUUGUCAAGCAGUGACCAAGAUUUUGAUUUGGUGUAGUAAAAAACAGCUCUGUAACACAUUUAAGCCUUGUCUUUACAUUCAGCCCGUACGUCCUGAUGACAGGGAAGUCCACGAAACUCUGUUGGGUUGUUUUGUUUCCACAUGCAAAUGUUUGAACCCACCUACCUCUCCACCUAUGCACUUCCCCCACAUACAUUUUUGUUUUUGUGACCACAGACACACUCCAUUCUCUUAAUGACCGCAGAACCAGGUCAGUCGACCACAGCACUUUACUCUCCGCAAAGCUAUAAAAAGUGUACGUUGACGCUUUGCCCGUCCUCCAGACAGACAAACAAACUCAUUUCGGAGCAGCACCCUCUCGCUUAGUGAAUGGAGGGAGAAGUAACCCAUAGAUGAAGGUCAAAGGUCAUUGCACAAUUCCAGAAAUUGCUGUUCUGUCAAAGCCUAUUAUGCUAUGGAUGGUUAUUACCAAUGAUAAGAUUAUUGUCAUAUUUUUUCAUUGUCAAUUCCUCUCUUGUAAGGGAGCCUGGUUAUGUAUAUUAUAUGUGUAUAAAUAUUAGUCUUGAAUAAUACCCCCUUUUGAAGUAAAACUCAUGUAGCCUUUCUUCACAUGUUGGUUUUCUAAUAUAUUGAAUGGCUGUCUGCACCCUAAUAAAAGUCUGUAGUGACUGCCUGGU